GGUACACGUACACGAGCUCCAUUUUUGUGUCUCACAAUCUUCUGGAUUUUCGUACACUGGGUCCAUUUGCCUACGCACAUCGGCGGCACCCGAAGCAUUGCGCUAACGACGGAAAAGUGGACCGAAAAAGACUUCUUGCACCGACAACACAUAAAGAGCUCAACUUGCGCAUUCGCUCCAAAAGCUAAUCGGCAAAUCCCCACAGGAAGGCUACUAUCAACAUGUGUCAAGCACCUCUUCAUGAUUUUCUGGCUGAGCUGCCAAAAUGCGAGCAUCAUCUUCAUCUGGAGGGCUGCCUUUCGCCGUCUCUGACCUUCAAGCUCGCAGCAAAGAACAACGUUAAGCUGCCAAGCAAGGAAGAGAAGCCUGAAUACGAAUCUGUCGAGACACUGGAGAAACGUUACGAGCACUUCGAUAAUCUGCAGGACUUCCUUGAUUGCUACUACUUUGCCCUCAGUGCAGUCAUUACCAAAGAUGACUUCGAGAUGCUUGGUUGGGAGUACUUCACAACAGCUCACGCUGACGGCGUCAAGCACGCUGAACUCUUCUUCGACCCCCAAAGCCACACGGAUCGUGGAAUCGCCUUCGAGACUGUGGUGGAUGGCUUCAACGCAGCAUGUGAGCGCGCAGAUAGAGAGCUUGGGAUCACGAGCCAGUUGAUUAUGUGCUUCUUGCGCCACUUGCCCGCAAGUAGCGCUGCGGAGACGAUGCAGAGCGCUAUUGAUGGCGGGUACUUCAAGGAGCGACAGGGCAAGGAUCGCGUUAUCGCCGGCUUGGGUCUCGACUCCAGCGAAGUCGGAUUCCGACCAGAGCUGUUCAAGGAGCAGUACGCGCAGGGUAAAGAGUUGGGUCUGCACAGGACUGCGCACGGAGGAGAGGAGGGGGACCCUACCUACAUCAGCGGUGCACUGGACUCUCUGCACAGCGAGCGUAUCGACCAUGGCAUCAAGCUCGUUCAGGAUCCCGAGCUGCUGGCACGCAUCGUGAAGGAGGAGAUUCUGUUGACGGUCUGUCCGCUGAGUAACGUCUGCCUACAGGCCGUCAAGGAGGUUGGCGAGGUGCCCAUCAGGAAGUUCCUUGCCGAGGGCGUCAAGUUCAGCAUCAACAGUGACGACCCGGCAUACUUCGGUGGCUACAUUCUCAAGAACUACUGCGCCGUACAGAAGGCCUUCGACCUGACCAAGGAUGAGUGGAAGGUUAUUGUGCAGAACUCAAUCCACGGCAGCUGGAUAGGACAGCAGCGGAAGGAUGAGCUGCUUGCCAUGCUCGAGGAGUGCUUGAAGAAGCAUGCUUAGUUUAGAAGAUGACGGAAAGGACGUUAGAAGAUACCCAUACCAGCAUGACAUCUAAUCGAGAUCUAUUUUCACUCUGAGUCAAUAUGAGUACAAC